AUGAAUAUGUCGAUCCUCAAAGAGUCCCUACCUGAAUCUGCAGAAACUAAUGAUCGUGUAAAAGAGCUGAAAGCAUUUGAUGAGACAAAAUCUGGUGUGAAAGGCCUUGUUGAUUCUGGGGUUUCAAAGAUUCCUAAAAUAUUCAUCAGAUCACAUGAUGAGCUUGCUGAGGAAUCAAAUCAUGACCGAUCAGAUAUUCAAGUUCCAAUCAUUGAUCUAGCCCGAAUCAAUACUGAUCAUGAUCAUCGUAAGAAGACCAUCAACGACUUGAAACAAGCAUCGAAAGAUUAUGGGUUUUUCCAGGUGUUGAAUCAUGGAAUCCCUCAGUGUGUUUUAGAUGGAAUGCUUGAGGGAAUACGCAGGUUUCAUGAACAAGGUGCUGAUAUUAAGAAAGAGUUUUACUCUCGUGAACGAUUUAAAAAGGUGAAAUAUUCAAGCAAUAUUGAUUUGUACCAGUCGAGUGCUGCUAAUUGGAGGGAUACAUUAACCAUUUCUCUGGGGGCUUCAGACUUUGUUGAAUCUGAUGAAUUGCCAGCAGCUUGCAGAAGUUCAACAAUCGAGUACAUUGAUCAAGUUUCAAAGCUAGGAGAACUUCUGUUUGAGUUACUAGCAGAAGCACUUGGCCUCAAACAGGAACACCUAGUUUCCAAGGGAUGCGCCAAAGGACGCACUUUUGUUUGUCACUACUAUCCAGCAUGCCCAGAGCCGGAACUAACUCUGGGAACCAGCAAGCACACUGAUCCUGGUUUCUUAACCAUUGUUCUACAGGAUCAAAUUGGUGGCCUUCAAGUCCUCAAAAACAACCAGUGGAUUGAUGUUCAACCCCUAGCUGGGAGUUUGGUAGUAAACAUUGGAGACUUCCUCCAGAUGAUAUCAAAUGACGAGUUCAAAAGUGCUGAGCAUAGAGUGGUAGCCAACCGGGUAGGACCAAGAAUUUCGAUUGCAAGCUUCUUCAUCGGUGUUGUAGUGCCUCCAAAGAUUUAUGGUCCAAUCGAAGAGCUGAUAACACAAGAAAAACCCCCUCUAUACAAAGAAUUUACAGUAAGUAGUUAUGUGAGCAAGUAUUCCUCGCGGGCAAUUGACAAAUCCACCGUUGAGGAUUUCAAGUUACAAGUCUAG